AUGCGCGACAUACCUGGUCUAACGCGCCAACGGAUGCCAUCCGUGCGAAGCCCGCUUCGCGAGGCAUGGACUCCACCGCCUCUGUCGCCGCGCGGCGAGUGGAAUACGGGAUAUUUUCCACGUCCCACUCCUGGUAACGUCUUCGACAUUGACGACUUCGCGCUACCCGGAGGCAGCCAGUUCGAAGAGCCUGCGUUUCGCACAUCAUCUCCAAUCACUGCACGGACUCCACUCUCGGGCCAACGACUCCCAUUUGAACAGGCUGCUGCGAACAUGCACACGGUUCUUCAGCUCGCUUGCAAGGAGUUUCCAAAGAUUGAAAAGGCCUUCCAUGAGCACACGAGAGCUCUUACGGUCUGGCUUCCACCGCCCCUUGUGGACCAGCUCUGGACCAUCUACCUCGACUGGAAUGGCAUUCCUCUGCAGCAACAACGCGUGCCCGCGCCCACGGCCAAGCCGCGCGACACAGCCACCCCAAUGAAUCCCUCCGGCACCUUCAACGAUGCCGCCAAGCGCUUCAGCAAGGCUCUGGAAGGAUUGAAGACCUCCACUCCUCCCGCGAUGCUCGGUCGGAGAACUGGCAGUGCACGAUCCGCAAUACCCGUCUUUGCCGCCCACGCCGCCGACGGCGAAGCAGCAGCAGCAGCAGUAGAUUGGGAAAUCCUGCCGACCUCGUUGCGAAAGUUACAGGUCUCCCUGGAUGCGAUUGAACUUCUGAUGGGCGUGGUGAGGGAGCGUCGGGAUCGGAUGGCGCCGAUGGUGAGGGAGAUGGGCAGUGCUGUGGUCUUGCUGGAGGGGAUGAGGGAGGCGUGGGAUCGGAAGGGGGAGACACGACCUGCUUCUUCCACUAACACGGUACCGUCGCCGCAGCCGCCGUGUAUGGGAGGAUGUAGUGAUCCUGACCACGUAGAGAGACCGUACGGCCCUGGAGAUGGGAGUGUAUGGGGGGCUUUUUGA